AUGUUUGCGAAUUCGUUGAGAAGAAUCACAAAACCAUGCCUGGGGGUCCCAGACAUGGCCGUGCGACAUAUUGCCAUGCGCCCAAAACCCAAGGUCAAGGUCAACUCGCGAGAAGGAGGAGGCAAGGGAAAGCCCAGACCUUCCACUGGAGUACGACGAAAGCCACCGGGGGCCCAGAAGCAGCAGCCAGCAUCGAUAGCUAUCAACGGCGAUGCGGCACGACGGCUUCUCGAGUCGAAAUUUGCCGCCAACAUCUCGUCUUUCAAUGAACUCAAGCUGCACCCUGAUGUGAGAGCUGUCCUGCCUGAUGUGAUCCAGCUGCCUGAACACAAGCAGGAUCAGGAUAUCAAACCGUCUAUCAUUCAGAGUCUUGCUGUCAAGAUCAUGCGACAGAGCUACACCUACAAGCAGCGAGUCAAGAAUGAGGGAGAGGAGCCUACUGUGGAGAAGAUUCCUGUGGAUAGACAAAAGACCUUCGUGCUGGCUGCCCAGACUGGAUCCGGAAAGACUUUGGCUUACUUGUUGCCUCUUCUCUCUGACCUCAAGGAUCAGGAGAAGUUCCCCUCUUGGCAGCUGGAGAAGCACUACAAGACUGUGCGAAGUGUCAUCUUGGUGCCUACUCUGGAGCUGUCUCAGCAGGUUGGACAGGUGCUCAAGCAGUUUGAGGAGCCUCUUGGAAUCAAGACUUUUGCCUCUGCCUUUGGACAGAGCCACCAGGAGAUCGCCAAGGCCUUCAACAACCGUCUGGACGUACUAGUGACCACCCCCCAAAAGCUCCAGCAGACUCGAGAGAAGAACCUGGGAGGUGCCACCCAUCUUGUCGUUGACGAGGCCGAUACUCUGUUCGAUACCAACUUCAUUGACUCAACUACCGACGUGAUUUCCCAGAUGCCCAAGCUCAAGUGUGCUGCCUUUGUGGCUGCCACUGUAUCCAAGUCAUUUCUGCGAAAACUGCGAAGCUUCUACCCCCAUGUUGUUGUAAUUGCUGCCCCCCGGCUACACGCUAUCCCCGACCACAUUCGGUUCUCUGUGGUCGACGUGAACAAGGCUCCUUACUACAACAACAAGAAGGUGGCUCUACUGCAGGCUCUGUACGCCAUCUCACACUCUCAGAAGCAAAAGAACUACGUGCGACGAGUGGUUGUGUUCCGAAACCGUAAGGAACAUAUCCCCGAGCUCAAGAAGUUCCUCGAGGAGAACGGCUACCCUGUUGAUACUCUUCACGGCAAGCAGGAUCUCCACGAGCGAAACGAGGUGGUGGAGAAGUACACCAACAUGCCAGAUGCUGCUGACCAGACUGAGAACGCUCGAAACGUUCGGGUCCUGUUGACCACCGAUAUCGCCUCCAGAGGCAUGGACAUGAAAAACCUUCGAUUUGUGGUUCUCUACGAUGUACCAUUUGACAAGACCGAUUUCAUCCAUCGAGUCGGAAGAACUGGCAGAUUUGGCCGAGAAGGAGAGGUCUACAUGUUCACCGACAACCAGGACAAGAAGGCCCAGACUAACCAACUUUUGCAUACCAGUAGAAACGGUCUUUCUUUGUAA